UUCUCGAAACGAAGGUGAAUACAUUAUAAUAACACGCCGGUUAUUUUAUUAUUAUUAUUAUUAUUACUAUUAUUACUAUUACUAUUAUUAUUAUUUUUUUCUCGUGUCCGUGCCUGGGUCGUUCACAAUCAUUCGCGAUCGAAACGUCUACAAACCGCACGUACAACAUGGACGUAAGACUCGUCGCCAUUAUUUUGUGCCACAUCGCUCUGUUGAGCGGUCAGUCCACUGGUGGCAGGAAACGGCCGCCAACCACGACCGCGGCGGCGCCCCGUCAUCGGCCGGCCGCCGUUGAGGACGAAGAAGCGGUCGAUCAGCAGGAGAACGAGUGCCCGGAGCCGAACGGUUUCUUCGCGGACGCCAGCCAAUGCGACAAGUACUACGCGUGCUCGGACAACAAGAUCACCGAGAAACUGUGCCCGGACGGCAUGGUGUUCAACGAUUACAGUUCGCAGCAAGAGAAGUGCGACCUGCCGCUGAACAUCGACUGUUCGCAAAGGCCCGCCUUGCAGACACCUCAACCGGCCGAAAAUUGUCCCAGACAAAAUGGUUAUUUCGCGCACGAGAAUCAAAAAAUUUGUGACAAGUUUUAUUACUGCGUAGACGGUAAAUUUAACGCGAUCACGUGUCCGGGCGGCUUAGUGUACAACGAGAAAUCUGGCAUUUGCACGUGGCCGGACGAGGCCAAGAAAAAAGGAUGCUCGUCGCAAGACGUAUUCAAUUUCCGAUGCCCCAACGUGACUUCGGAGAUUGCGCUGCAACAUCCCAGAUACGCAAACCCCGAGGACUGUCAAUUUUUUUAUGUCUGCGUUAACGGCGACACGCCAAGGAGGAACGGCUGCAAAAUGGGACAGGUGUUCAACGAAGCGUCGGGAAAAUGUGAUUGGCCGAGAAAUGUUCCCGAGUGUGCUGACUGGUAUAGAGGCGUACUGACGGACGAAGAACUUUACAAUCUCGAGAAUCCGAAACCCAAAGAAACCACUAAGGAGAAAGAGGCAGCGGCGGCGAGACGGAAGCCGUCAAGACCAUCGACUACAAGACGAACCGUGGCAGAAGACGACGAAUGAAUAAUUAACUAAUAUUGUAACUUUGUAAUUCGAUAUUUUCAAUAACUGUAUCAGGAAAACUGAUCUCAUUUGGACAUUAAGUCGGAGUUAAAAAUAAAUGAUAUAUUUUCACAAUAAAUGAUA